UUCCGGUCAGAGUAGCAGUCUUUGCUAGCUGCUUGAAAGAUAUUAAAACCGUUGCCUCACUGUUUGUUUAAUGCUAAGAAAUAUAUAAUUUUUUUUACAUGUAUCGUAGGCAGUUUUCUAUCACUAUAAUUGAUCUGUGAGACAUUAAAAUGUACCAGAGCAGCACAGAGGAGGUAGACGGCAGCGAGACCUCAGAAUGUGGACAAACCUGUGGCAGAAGCGGCCGGAGGGAAACCACCGCGUCAUCCUGUUGUCCUGCAUCUCUCUCUUCUGCUCGGUCUUACUACCAAACGUCUGAUGUUCACACUCCUAGUUCAAGCCAUACUCCAUCCAUGCCAGGAAUGGCCUCAGGUCUGUGCCAGAAUGGCAUCAGGGUGGGAAGGACAACAUCGUCGGUCCUCGUGUCCUCCUCAGACAGCUGCUCCGCUCACUUCCCUGGAGAAACACCGAGGUUCAGAAGGACGCCGGGGUCUGCAGGACCAGCAGGAACAAGUGGAUCGUCUGUGUCCACAGUCUCUGGCGCCUCUGUGAUAGUAGCGAUAGUUGAAGGGCGCGGUUUGGCCAGAGGAGAGAUCGGCAUGGCCAGCAUUGACCUAAAAUGUCCUGAACUUGUACUUUCUCAGUUUGCAGACACAGGGACAUAUGCCAAGGUUAUUACCAGGAUUCACAUUUUGAUGCCAGUGGAAAUCUUGAUGCCAGACACGGCCAGUGAGAAGGGGAAGGGGACAAAACUCUUCAAGCUCAUCUCAGAGAACUUUCCGGGUGUAACUUUCACUGGAGUCCAGAGAAAGUACUAUAAUGAGAAGAAAGGGCUGGAGUACAUACAGCAGCUGUGCGCUCCAGAGUUUGCAACUGUCUUAAUGGAGGUUCAAGCAAAGUAUUAUUGCCUGGCAACCGCUGCUGCUUUGCUGAAAUACCUGGAGUUCAUCCAGAGCUCUUUUUACGCCGUAAAAUCUCUAAAGGUGAUCUACAAAGGGAGCGAACAGACGGCGAUGAUUGACUCGGCGUCCGCGGCUAACUUAGAGUUGGUUGUCAAUAACAGAGACCACAGAAGUGAGCAUACUCUGUUAGGAGUGCUCAACCAUACGAAAACACCUGGCGGAGCGAGGAGGCUGCGCUCCAAUAUACUGGAGCCUCUGCUUGACGUGGAUUCUAUAAACACGCGCUUAGACACCAUACAGGAGCUGCUGCAGAACGAGGAGCUCUUCUUCGGCCUGAAGAACGCCGUAGGUUAUUUCCUCGACAUCGACCGGCUGCUCUCCGUUCUCGUUCAGAUCCCGAAGCAGGAAACGGUUCAAGCUGCCGAAGCCAAGAUUACGCACGUCAUCCAGCUGAAACACACGCUGGAUCUGGUGCCACAGCUAAGGGUGGUGUUAAAGACGUGCAGCACAGCUCUGCUCAAAGCGUACAGUGCUACGCUGGAGGACAACAGAUUCGACACGAUCCUGGAACAGAUCAAGACGGUGGUAAACUGUGACACCACGUAUCUAAAAGGCAGCCUGAACAUGCGGACCCAGAAGUGUUACGCGGUGCGGCCCAACAUCAACGGCUUCCUGGACAUUGCGCGCAGAGUUUACACUGAAAUUGUAGACGACAUUGCAGCGCUUGUGAACAGUUUGGGGGAGAAAUAUGGCAUGCCGUUGCGCACCAGUUUCAGCACGGCUCGGGGAUUCUUUAUCCAGAUGAAGCUGGACGGAGGGGUCUUACCUGAAGGCAAACUCCCCCCAGAGUUCAUCAAGGUCACCAAGCUCAAGAACAACUUUGGCUUUACCACUGCAGACCUGAUGAAGAUGAAUGGACGCUGUGACGAGGCCCUGAAGGAGAUCUUUCACAUGUCCUAUGUGGUGAUAUGCCAGCUGCUGACCACCGUCCAUGAGCAUGUCCACUGCCUUUAUAAACUUUCUGACACUGUAUCCAUGUUGGACAUGUUGCUCUCGCUGGCCAAUGCAUGCACAAUCUCAGACUAUGUGCGGCCAGAGUUUACAGACACCCUGGCCAUCAAGCAAGGUCGUCACCCCAUUCUGGAGCGAAUGGCCCGACAGCAGCCCGUCUCCAACAAUACCUACAUCUCCGAGGCCAACAACUUCGUCAUCAUAACAGGACCCAACAUGAGCGGCAAGUCUACGUACCUCAAACAGGUGGCGCUGUGUCAGAUCAUGGCCCAAAUAGGCUCUUUUGUGCCAGCUGAAUAUGCCUCUUUCCGGAUCGCCGAUCAGAUUUUCACCAGGAUCGGCGUUGAUGAUGAUUUUGAAACCAACUCUUCCACCUUCAUGUUGGAAAUGAAGGAGAUUGCCUACAUAAUCCACAAUGCGAGUGACAGGUCGUUGACCAUCAUAGAUGAACUGGGGCGUGGAACCAGCGCCGAGGAAGGCAUUGGAAUCUGUCACUCGGUUUGUGAGUUCCUCCUUGGCCUGAAGACGUUCACUCUGUUUGCCACACAUUUUCUGGAGCUCUGUCAGCUGGAGUCUCUCUAUCCCAACGUGGCGAACCAGCACAUGGAGGUUCAGCACACCCGCAGCAGAGACUCUGGCCUAGAGCAAGUGGUGUACACAUAUCUGCUGAGUCGAGGACGCUCUGAAGAAAGGCACUAUGGCCUGAGAGCAGCUGAGAUGACCGCACUUCCUCCAAGUAUAAUCGAAGAGGCGAAGUCUGUCGCCUCUAAAGUCAGCCAACAGCUUCUGGCCAAACAUCCCACCGAUCCAGAAACGCAGAGACAGAGAGCCGUCUACCACCUGGCCACUCGCCUUUUGCAGACCGCCAGAAACUCAAGACUUGACCCAGAGAGCCUGCGCAUGUAUCUGAAACGACUAAAGAAGCAGUAUGAGGCGGAGCUGCAGGCUGCCGGCCCAGCCGAGCCCGCCGGCUCUGGGAAUUAGAGUCAGUGGGUCGGACUCUGGCAGGAAUGAAGAACUCUGCCUUCUAUUAGGGAGAAAACUGCAACAAAACACAAAUGUGUCCACUCAUUGUUCCUGGGCCACUCUAAAUUGUCCUCAACGUUAUGAGUGUCUGAGUCCAGGGUCGUAUCUGUUGCCCAGUGAUGGACUGGAAAACUGUCCAGGGUGUACCCGACCUUUUGCCCAAUCACCGCUGGACAUAGGCAACAGCCUCCCCUGCAAGGACAAGCAGAUAAAGACGAUGGAUGGAUGUUACCGGGCAUACUUUAUGCAUUUGAUACGUUUUUUUUUUUAUUCUAAUGGUUAUUUAUCUGAGAAGUUAUCCUGUUUGGACAAUGCAACACAGCAUAAUUACUGUGUUGAUUUGUUUUCGUUAUUCUGUAUUUCUGUGAAAUUAUACCAAAAAGAGAUGUUUUAUUAAAAUAAAAGCUAGCUAACCACACAAGGUUUAUCAGCAACAUAGAAAGACUACACAGCAGUUUUAUUUUAAGCUAUAUGGACUUUACAGGAGAAUGAUCUCCCUGUGCCAAUGUUUCACCUGAUUUUAUUCUGUUGAUUUUACAAACAUCCCUUGGCAAAAUGACAAAAACCAAAUAUAUUUACAGCCAGCGUUAAAAAAUUGAAGUAAAAGUUAAAACAAGGAUGAUUAAAAUGUCUAAUUAGCAUUUAGCCUGGUGUUUUCCACAAAAUACAAAAAAAUUUAAACCAGCAACAAAGAAAAUCCCAUUUGUGCAAAGGACUUACAUCUUACAUGACACACACCAUAGAGAGAAUGAAACGCAACUGUUCAGUUUUACCUGACCGUGUCUGUGUUGCAACAGUGUUUCAUACAUGUUUUAAACUCUUGUUAAUGAACAAUAAAGAGGUUCCUUUAUUCAGAGAACGUGUAGAUGUGCAAAAAAAAUGUCCAGCAUGGUCAUUAAAUUAAUGAUGAAUGCCUUUUCAUUGAUUUUCUUUUAUUGAUUUUAUUGACUAUAACAAUGAACAAUUAGAGGAAAAAAUCUUCAAUAAUUUUGUAACUGUUGUAUUUCACAGUUUGUUUAUUUCUGCCCAUUUUGAUCAUUUUGGCUUAGCUACUGAUAACCCAAAAUUCAACACAGAGAAUUUGAAUAUUGCAUAAGAUUUAAUAAAAAAAAAUUAAAUUGUCUGGA